GAGCGAGAUGCGAACUCUGUGCGUCGACGUCAGCGUGCUGACGUCACGGGCCGGAGGUCCCGGGGCUGCUGGGUGCGGGCGGUGGGCUGCGGGUCGCCGGCUGGACUGUGUCCGGGGUCCGCCCGCCAAGCCCCGCCCCUCAGGCCGGGGCGCGACCGCUGAGCCGCAGUUCCCGGGCCAGCCUGGGGCGGCCGGCCAGGAACCACCCGUUGAGGUGUCUUUUCUUUAGGGAUGGUGAGGUUGGAAAAAGGCUCCUGUAACCCUCCUCCAGGAUGAACCACCUGCCAGAAGACAUGGAGAACGCUCUCACUGGGAGCCAGAGCUCCCAUGCUUCUCUGCGCAACAUCCAUUCCAUCAACCCCACACAACUCAUGGCCAGGAUUGAGUCCUAUGAAGGAAGGGAAAAGAAAGGCAUAUCUGAUGUCAGGAGGACUUUCUGUUUGUUUGUCACCUUUGACCUCUUAUUUGUAACGUUACUGUGGAUAAUAGAGUUAAAUGUGAAUGGAGGCAUUGAGAACACAUUAGAGAAGGAGGUGAUGCAGUAUGACUACUAUUCUUCGUAUUUUGAUAUAUUUCUUUUGGCAGUUUUUCGAUUUAAAGUGUUAAUACUUGCAUAUGCUGUGUGCAGAUUGCGCCACUGGUGGGCAAUAGCGUUGACAACGGCAGUGACCAGUGCCUUUUUACUAGCAAAAGUGAUCCUUUCAAAGCUUUUCUCUCAAGGGGCUUUUGGCUAUGUGCUGCCCAUCAUUUCAUUCAUCCUUGCCUGGAUUGAGACAUGGUUCCUGGAUUUCAAAGUGUUACCUCAAGAAGCAGAAGAAGAAAACAGACUCCUGAUAGUUCAGGAUGCUUCAGAGAGGGCAGCACUUAUACCUGGUGGUCUUUCUGAUGGUCAGUUUUAUUCCCCUCCUGAGUCUGAAGCAGGAUCUGAAGAAGCUGAAGAAAAACAGGACAGCGAGAAACCACUUUUAGAACUAUGAGUACUACUUUUGUUAAAUGUGAAAAACCCUCACAGAAAGUCAUCGAGGCAAAAAGAGGCCGGCAAUCGAGUCUCCCUGUUGACAGUAAAGUUGAAAUGGUGACGUCCACUGCUGGCUUUAUUGAACAGCUAAUAAAGAUUUAUUUAUUGUAAUACCUCACAGACAUUGUACCAUAUCCAUGCACAUUUAGUCACCUGCCUGUGGCCGGUAAGGUAAUGUCAUGAUUCAUCCUCUCUUCAGUGAGACUGAGUCUGAUGUGUUAACGAAUAGGUGAAGAAAGUCUUGUGCUGUGUUCCUAAUCAAAAGAUUUAAUAUAUUGAAAUAACACUUUUUUAGUAAGCAAGAUACCUUUUUAUUUCAGUUCACAGAAUGGAAUUUUUUUGUUUCAUGUCUCAGAUUUAUUUUGUAUUUCUUUUUUUAACACCCUACAUUUCCCUUGUGUUUUUUAACUCAUGCACAUGUGCUCUUUGUACAGUUUUAAAAAGUGUAAUAAAAUCCAACGUGUCAAUGUGGCUAGUUUUUUUCUUGUUUUGCAUUAUGUAUGUGGCCUGAAGUGUUGGACCUGCAAAAGGGGAAGAAAGAGGGAUUGCGAAUACAUGUAAAAUGUCACCAGACAUUUGUAUUAUUUUUAUCAUGAAAUCAUGUUUUUCUCUGAGAGAUUGUUCUAAAAUGUUCUAAAUACUCUUAUUUUGAAUGCACAAAAUGACUUAAACCAUUCAUAAAAUGUUUCCUUUGUGUUCAGCCAAUUUCAAUUAAAAUGAACUAAAUUAUA